ACCGGGGGCGGGCCCGUGCCGGUGUGAGGGGCCUGUGGCGGGGUAACGGGCCCGUGAAUGUGUGAGCACCUUGUAGGGAGGCAACGGGCCCGUGCCGGUGUGACACCCGCUGUGAUGGGAAGCCCCGCGGGUCACAGGCCGCUCCCGGUGUGACAGCCCCGAUCCCCGCGCUGCUCGACCCUCAGAGUGUCACGGCCCGCGGCCGUGGCUGAGCUGUGGGGAAACAGCGCAACCUUCCAGUGCAGUGGUGGAAUAAUUGGGAUAUUGAAGGGUGCCCAGCCCGGCAGCGCUGCCCCGUCCCGGUGGAUGUGACGCUGGGGACACGGGCGGUGCUGGCAGCGCUGGGCUCGGGGGUUUUCCCGGCGCGGCCGUUCCGCGGGGUGAGGCCGCUCGGGGCAAUGCGGGAAUCACUCCUGAGCCGAGCCCAGCCGAGCCGAGCUCAGCCUAACCCUCCGAGCCGAGUUGUGCUGAGCCGAGUCCGAGCGAGCCCAGCCGAGCCAACCCCACUGAGCUGAACUGAGCCAGGCCCAGCCAUGGCCAGUCCGGCUGAACUGAUCCGAGCCAAGCUGUGCUGAGCUGAGCCAAACCGAGCCGUGCUGAGCUGAGCCAAACCGAGCCAUGCUGAGCUGAGCUGAGCCGAGCCGUGCCAAAACAGCCGAGCCGUGCCAGGCUGAGCCCAGCCGAGCCCAGCCCAGCUGAGCCGAGCCCAGCGGGAGCUGUCCAGCCUCUCCAGCCUCUCCAGCGCUCCAUCCAUCCCGCAUCCCGAGCCCGCCAUGCGGGAGCGAUGAGCGCAGCCGCCGCCCGGCCAUGGAGGAGGAUUUGUUCCAGCUGAAGCAGCUGCCGGUGGUGAAGUUCCGCCGCACGGGGGAGAGCUCGAGGUCGGAGGAGGAUGGGAUUUCGGGAGAGCACGAGGUGCAGAUCGAGGGGGUGAGGGCAGAGCUGGAGCCCGUGGAGCUCGGGGAUGGAGCUGCCGUGCCCAAGGAAUUCGCCAACCCCACGGAUGAUACUUUCAUGGUGGAAGAUGCGGUGGAAGCCAUUGGAUUUGGGAAGUUCCAGUGGAAGCUCUCUGUCAUUACUGGAUUGGCAUGGAUGGCAGAUGCCAUGGAAAUGAUGAUUUUAAGUAUCCUUGCUCCUCAGCUGCACUGUGAGUGGCGCUUACCCAGCUGGCAGGUUGCAUUGCUCACCUCGGUGGUGUUUGUGGGAAUGAUGUCCAGCUCCACGCUCUGGGGAAACAUUUCAGACCAGUAUGGGAGGAAAACAGGCCUAAAGAUCAGCGUGUUGUGGACACUCUACUAUGGGAUCCUGAGUGGGUUUGCUCCCAUUUACAGCUGGAUCCUGGUGCUGAGGGGCCUGGUGGGCUUUGGCAUUGGAGGAGUGCCUCAGUCGGUAACUUUAUAUGCUGAGUUCCUUCCAAUGAAAGCCAGAGCUAAAUGCAUUUUAUUAAUAGAGGUGUUCUGGGCCCUUGGGACUGUGUUUGAGGUGCUCCUGGCAGUGGUGGUGAUGCCCACGCUGGGCUGGCGCUGGCUCCUCAUCCUCUCUGCCCUCCCACUCCUGCUCUUUGCUGGCCUGUGUUUUUGGCUGCCAGAAAGUGCCAGGUAUGAUGUGUUAUCUGGGAACCAGGAGAAAGCUCUGGCCACUUUGAAGAGGAUUGCCACAGAAAAUGGAGCUCCAAUGCCCUUGGGAAAACUGGUGGUUUCCAGGCAGGAGGACAGAGGCAAAAUGAGGGAUCUUUUCACCCCCCAUUUCCGCUGGACCACGUUGUUGCUCUGGUUUAUUUGGUUUUCCAAUGCUUUCUCAUAUUAUGGGUUAGUUUUAUUAACUACAGAGUUCUUCCAAGCAGGAGAUGUUUGCAGCAUAUCCAGCAGAAGGCAGGAAGUAAAAGCCAAGUGCAGCCUGGCCUGUGAGUACCUGACAGAGGAAGAUUACACUGACCUGCUCUGGACAACCCUGUCAGAAUUCCCUGGUGUGUUGGUGACCCUGUGGAUCAUCGACCGCAUCGGCCGCAAGAAAACCAUGGCCCUGUCCUUCCUUGUCUUCUCCUUCUGCAGCCUCCUGCUCUUUCUCUGUGUUGGAAGAAAUGUUCUUACUGUGCUGCUCUUCAUUGCAAGAGCUUUUAUUUCAGGAGGAUUUCAGGCUGCCUAUGUUUACACUCCUGAGGUUUAUCCCACAGCCACACGUGCUUUGGGCCUGGGAUCAUGCAGUGGAAUGGCCAGAGUGGGAGCCCUCAUAACCCCAUUCAUUGCACAGGUGAUGUUGGAAUCCUCAGUCUAUCUGACUCUGCUGGUUUACAGUGGCUGCUGCCUGCUGGCUGCCCUGGCCUCCUGCUUCCUGCCCAUUGAGACCAAGGGCCGUGGCCUCCAGGAGUCCAGCCACAAGGAAUGGGGCCAGGAGAUGGUGGGCAGAGGAUCUCAUUCCCCAGGGGAAUCACAGGAAUGAUGGGACAUGGAAACCUGCUGGAAGAAUGAAGGAUAGGAGCAGGAUGUCUCACAAAACCUGAAGCAUGGAAAGCUGACCACCAUCACUGCCAACGUCACGUGUCAAACUGCAGGAGUUUGGGGUUGAACCUCAGCAAAUUGUGUUUCUGCUGCUCUUUGCUCACACUCAUAAAAACUUUCUGGAUGGAGAGGCCUUGAAGUUUAGCAGGAGGGGUUUCUCUUCAGUCUGUCGUGCUUGCAUGGUCAGCUCUUCAGCUUAAAAUGUCCUGUGCCAAGCAAAUGCCAAGUGACUGCAGCCCAGCAUAAGCUGUCAUAUAAACUGAGCUCUUGAUGCCUGAAACCAAGAGGUUCAUGUUUAGUGUGGCCCUGGCCUGGCACAGGGUGGAUUCCAUCCCCUGCACUAUGGAUUGAAUGCCUGCCUUGCACUUUUAGCCAUUAAAACCACCCCCAAAAUGUGGUUCUGGCAAACCAACCCAGGCUUUCCAGUUGGGUUCUGUUCCUGGAGAGUGGAUUGCUUGGAAACUGAUUCCUGCCUGUUUCUCCCAUCCCAGGUGGGUAGUUGGACCAGGGAGGGUGGUGUUGCUGCAGAGCUGGGACCUUGUAGCAGAGAUGUAAACCACAGAGUCAUUAAGGUUGGAAAAAACCUCCAAGCUCAUCAAGUCCAGCGUGUAAAUCCUCAUGUUUUGGAGCAGAAUUGGACUUCUCUGGCAUUGCCAGGGUCCUUGAGCUGUCUGUCUGUUGCUUGGAGUGGGGAGGUUCUCACUUUGGGUUCUCUGUGUGGAUCCAGGUGUGUCCCUGCUCCAUCACCUGGGCACAUCCUCACUGUGGGAUGGCCCCAACUGGAGUCAGGAGCUGGGCAGGACCUUUCCUGCUGUUUGUACAUUGACUGCUGACAAAGGAAUGUAGCUGGAAGAAAUGAACAAAACCAUGGGAAGAGCCCAUCUGCAGUGAUCUUGGAUGAAGAACUUCCCUCCUCAAGGGAUGAUCCUGCUCUUGUCAGGGAAUGUAGCAGAGCUCAGAUGAGGACAAGCUUGUCUGGUUUGUCCCUGGGCACAAGUCAGGUGGCAGAGUCUGUGGGAAUGUGCAGGGAUCUGAGAUGUGCCUCAUCCAGGUCUCAGUGGAUUUUCAGGAUUCCAGACUUUGGUCACACAACCAAAUGUGGCUGAGAUGGACUUGGUGAGGCUGUGGGAGCCAUGGGGAUUUAUGAGCAGGUGUCUCACCUGAUCACAGGUAAAUGUGCAACACAUUGUUACAGUUGAACAUUUUAAAUAUCCUGGGAAGCAGGUCCCAUUCCUGAGGUCAGGAACAGGUCUCCAAGUCCAUGUUUGGUGCAGUACAAGUGGGCAUGGCUGUCACUGAGGGUCACAGCUCUGAGGUCACUGCAGUGCUCCACCACGUGCCAGGCUGAGGGGAAAACAGGAGUGGAUAAUUCCCUGAAGAAAGCCAGGAAACUCAGGCUGAUGGAAAAGGCCCAAGAGGUUGUUGAAAUUGUGUGAGGGGGGUGUUCUGUUGAGAACAGAGUUUGCCCAGGCACUGAGUGUCCAUCCAGUCCCACUGGAGGAUGGUGACUCAGUGAAGGGUUCCAGAAAUGGUUGGUGGAAACAGGCAAACUUGGCUUUUCCCAGCGAGAUGGAAAUGAAUUCAGCUCCCAAGGGAUCCCUGGGAUCCCAGGGCUCAGCUGUGGGUGGUGGCACAGAACCCUCUGUCCUUUCUCCUUGUGUCCUCAUGCUCCACCAAGAUCAGGCUCCAGCUGAUCCCAGUAAACACACAGGGCUCUCUGACAGCAACCACACCUCAUUUGUUCAGCUCCUUCUGCCAGGCUGGAGUUGGCUCAUUCUCCCUGUGUGCCUGGGGCAGAGCCAGGGGGACUUGUUCCAUGGAAUACCAGAAUUCCAAAGUGAUUUGGGUUAGGAGGGACCUUAAAGCUCAUCCAGUCCAACCCCCUGCCAUGGGCAGGGACAUUUUCCACUAGACCAGGUUGUUCCAAGCCUCAUCCAAACUUGACUUUGAACACUUCCAGGGGUGGGAAACCUCUCUGCUUUCACUUGGGCUGGCCUCUGAUGUGCUGGAUAUGGGACACAACAGUGAGGGAGCAGGUCCUGGAUGGGUUUAAUCAGAUAUUACCCCACAAGUGUAAUUUCCAGUGAGCUGGAAAACCUGCUGGGCUGGGAUUUACUGGAGCUGGGAUCUGCUGGAGCUGGGUUUGCCUUUGCACAGUUGGGCUGUUCACCCCUCAGUGACAGCUCUGACAUUCCAUCCUCAUCCUCCUGCUGCUGGAGGCCCUCAAGGCCAUUCCAGUCCCCCAGGUGCUUCCAUGCUUCCUCCCUUGGGCUUGCCAUGAGCUGUGUUUGCAUCCCAAAACUCUGGAAUUGAGCCUGGGUAGAGGUGACAGAGAAUCCAAAGUGCAGGACAGGUCUGGCCUGAAGGAGCCAUCCCACCAUGGCCCAGUUUGUUACUCAAUGCCUUGAGUUAAAAUUCUGCUUUCCCAGGGUUAAUGUUCACAUCUCACUUCAUUUUUUUAGGUGAAUAUUCAGCAGUUUUAAAGAAUUGCACUCAACAGCCUUUAGAGAGUUUUAGGUGAAGUUUAUCUGUUCAUGCACAGCUGGAUCCUACAGAUAAGCUACUUCCCAGGUAAAGAUUUAUAGGGAAUGCAACAUUUUCCAUGCUGUUGAAUAGAGGAGUUUUAACCUGUGAUAUUUUACAGUGUUAACCAAAAAAUGGAAGGCAUUUUUGCUUUUCACUUUGUAUGAAUUCUGCACUAAAAAAUCUAUUUAUUGAUAGAAAUACAAAUAUUGGUGUUGCUGGGUCUUUGAUUUUGUUAAAGCUUGAUCCAAAGCUCACUGAAAUCUGGGAAAAUCUCCCAUGGAUAUCCAUGAGCUUUGGAUCAGCUGGAUGAAAGGGAGAGGUAGGAGCCCACCACAGCUGAUCCCACCUGGCUGAAUUCAGCAGGAGCCUGCUGGGCACUGGAAAAAUGGAGCUGGAAUUCAGGAUUUGCAGGAAUUUGCAUGUAAUUAAUUAGAGAAGGCCAUUUUAGCUUGUUCACUGAGAACACUGGGGUUGACCCACACCAGUUAUAAAUCACCACCAAUAGAUUUUGUAGUAGGGCAGCACAGUUUAAGUACAAAAUAAACUUCCAAAGAAUCCUUUUCCACACUGAGUAUUUUUCACUGGCAAAGGAAUUAGUGCAACUGCUUUGUUUCAAACUGCAAAGUGAGAUCCUUUGGAAUUCAAACAGAAUUGUGGGAUUCAGUUUUAUUUAUUCAGAUAUCAAGUGUCCAAGAUAUCAACGUGCCAAGCUGGCGUGGGAAUGUCAUUCCCCAAGUGUGCUUGGAUGGAAUGAUUUGUUAUUCCCAAAUACUUACCAAAAGAGCAGUGAAUGUUUCCAUGUCUGAAUGUACAGUUUCUAAGCUGGAUUUACAUUUUAAUGUUGAAAAACUUGGUGUAUCUCAAGCUUGUUGUAAAAUACUCCUCUGGUUCCUGUUUCCCGACAUGGCAUUGGAGAGUUGAAGUCCACAUUAGAUAUUUUAUGUUAAACAAAUAAAUAGUUUUUUCAGG